ACUUGAUCGUCUCUUUAUUUUAUUGGACACCGGUACAACACCAGUAACAAGAAAAGCAGCUGCACAGCAACUUGGGGAGGUAGUGAAACUGCAUCCCCAUGAACUGAAUAAUCUCUUAUCCAAAGUGUUAGUGUAUUUAAGAAGUACGAAUUGGGAUACUCGUAUUGCAGCUGGCCAAGCUGUUGAAGCAAUAGUGAAAAAUGUACCUGAGUGGAAUCCAACUCCAAGAUCAAAACAAGAACCAGGCUCAGAAAGUCCUAUGGAAGACUUGCCUUCAACAGAUCGAUUGCGUUUUGACAGAUUUGAUAUAUGUCGGUUGUUAAAACAUGGUGCAUCUCUUCUUGGAUCUGCUGGUGCAGAAUUUGAAGUCCAAGAUGAUAAAUCAGGUGAAAUUGAUCCUAAAGAGAGGAUAGCACGACAGAGGAAACUGUUACAAAAGAAACUUGGCUUAGAUAUGGGUGCUGCAAUUGGGAUGAACACUGAGGAUCUGUUCAAUGAUGAAGAUCUGGACUAUUCUCCUUCUUCAGUUUCACUAGUAAACAAACAACCUACUCUUCAGGCUGCUGAGUUAAUUGACUCAGAAUUUCGGGCUGGUAUGAGCAGUAGACAAAAGAAUAAAGCCAAAAGAAUGGCUAAGCUUUUUGCAAAGCAAAGAUCCAGAGAUGCUGUGGAAGCUAAUGAGAAGAGCAACGAUAGCACUGAUGGGGAACCAGAAGAAAAGAGAAGAAAAGUUGCAAAUGUUGUCAUCAACCAGCCUGCUACAGACUCAAGAACGUUGGUAGAAAAUGCUCCAGAAGAGGCAAAUGAAUGGCCUCUGGAAAGCUUUUGUGAAGAGGUGUGCAAUGACCUUUUCAACCCUUCUUGGGAGGUUCGACAUGGUGCAGGUACUGGGCUGAGAGAGAUACUUAAAGCUCAUGGUAAAAGUGGUGGUAAAAUAGGAGAUAGCUCAUUAGAAGAGAUGAUUCAGCAGCAUCAGGAGUGGCUAGAGGACUUGGUUAUUAGACUUCUUUGUGUGUUUGCAUUAGACAGAUUUGGAGACUUUGUUUCAGAUGAAGUGGUAGCACCUGUUCGUGAGACUUGUGCUCAGACUUUGGGAGUAGUAUUGAAACAUAUGAAUGAGACUGGAGUUCAUAAAACUGUGGAUGUUCUCCUGAAGCUGCUUACACAGGAACAGUGGGAAGUGAGACAUGGUGGUCUCCUAGGAAUAAAGUACGCUUUGGCAGUGCGUCAGGACAUGAUCAACACUUUAUUGCCUAAGGUGUUACCUGCGAUAAUUGAAGGUCUCCAGGAUCUGGAUGAUGAUGUCCGAGCUGUUGCUGCUGCAUCUUUAGUACCAGUAGUGGAAAGCCUGGUCCAACUUCAGUCUCAGAAGGUGCCUUUUAUUCUGAAUACCUUAUGGGAUGCACUUCUGGAGUUGGAUGACUUGACAGCUUCCACAAACAGUAUCAUGAUCCUUCUUUCUUCCCUUCUGACUUAUCCUCAGGUCCGCAAAUGCAGUAUUCAGCAAUCACUCACAGUUUUGGUCCCACGUGUGUGGCCGUUCUUGCAUCAUACUAUAUCUUCUGUGCGAAAAGCAGCACUGGAAACAUUAUUCACACUGCUCUCUACCCAAGACCAGAGCUCUUCAACGUGGCUGACUCCAAUUCUGCAAGACAUGUUGAGACACAUAUUUCAGUUUUGUAUCUUAGAAAGCAACCAAGAAAUUCUGGAUCUUAUUCACAAGGUAUGGCUGGAACUGUUAAACAAGGCAUCUGUACAGUAUGUGGUUGCAGCUGCUUGUCCAUGGAUGGGAGCCUGGCUCUGCUUAAUGAUGCAGCCAUCUCAUUUGCCUAUUGACUUAAACAUGUUGCUAGAAGUAAAAACCAGAUCAAAAGAAAAGGCAGGUGCUAAACUGCGUCAAGGUCAAACCCAGAAUAAGGAAGUGAUUCAGGAAUACAUUGCUGGGGCAGACAGCAUUGCAGAAGAUCCAGCAACCAGAGAUUAUGUUGUCAUGCGAGCUCGGAUGAUGGCAGCAAAGUUGCUGGGAGCACUUUGUUGCUGCAUUUGUGACCCAGGUGUAAAUACUGUUACUCAAGAAAUAAAGCCAGCAGAAUCAUUAGCUCAGCUACUGCUCUUCCACUUGAAUUCAAAAUCUGCCUUGCAGAGGAUUAGUGUUGCAUUAGUAAUCUGUGAGUGGGCAGCCUUGCAAAAGGAGUGUAGAACUGUGGCCAUUUGUGUGCAACCUCGUCUACUUGGGGUCCUUUCUGAACAUCUCUAUUACGAUGAAAUUGCUGUUCCUUUUACACGGAUGCAGAAUGAAUGUAAACAACUCAUCUCCUUGUUAGCUGAUGCACACAUUGACAUUGGAAACAGAGUAAACUGCAGUGUAUUUACAAUAGAUCAAGCUAAUGAGCUGGUUACUUCUAUUUUCAAUGAAGUGACAUCAGCCUUUACUUUGAAUCCUAAAAUUCUACAACAGCUGGACAGUAAACGACAGCAAGUCCAAAUGACUGUUACGGAAACAAAUCAAGAAUGGCAAGUGUUGCAUCUGCGAGUCCAUACAUUUGCAGCAUGUGCAGUUGUGAACUUGCAGCAACUUCCAGAAAAACUAAAUCCUGUUAUAAAGCCCUUAAUGGAAGCUAUCAAAAAAGAGGAGAAUACACUUGUACAAAACUAUGUGGCUUCGUGUAUAGCAAAGUUACUUCAGCAGUGUACAACAAGGUCUCCGUGUCCCAACUCAAAGAUAAUAAAAAAUCUCUGCAACUCCCUCUGUGUGGAUCCACAUCUUACACCACUGGCAGCAUGUCCUGCACAGCCUCAGAGUAGCCAUGAAAACUCAAAAG